AUGUUUCCCAUCUUUAAAAAGAAAACGAGCGUGCAGGGCACGGACUCUGAGAUAAAUGAGAAAACGACAAUGAAAACAAACGACAAAGUGAUAGUUUCCACAGAAGAUGAAGAGGUGACAACAAUAGCUUCUUCAAUCAAGUCAAAUCAAGUGACCAAUGACUCGCCAUGGCAAGACCCCACUUACUUUGGUUCCUUCGGGAAGGAGCUAAUGUUCAUAGCCACAUGCAUGUUGGCACAAUUAUUGAAUCAAGCCGGCCAAACUCAUGCUCUCUGUAUAAUGAACGUGCUUUCGAAAUCCUUUAAUUCAGAAGCGAACAAUCAGGCAUGGUUGAUGGCAUCUUUCCCAUUGGCUGCUGGGUCAUUUAUUCUUAUUAGUGGGAGGUUAGGAGAUAUUUAUGGAUUGAAGAAAAUGUUGAUGGUUGGUUAUGUUAUUGUGAUCGUUUGGUCUAUAAUUUCUGGUCUUUCCAAAUAUUCUAAUAGUGACGCGUUUUUCAUUACAAGUCGCGCAUUCCAAGGAGUAGGAAUUGCGUUCAUUUUACCGAAUAUUAUGGGGCUUGUUGGCCAUGUUUAUAAGGUCGGUUCAUUCAGGAAGAAUAUUGUUAUUAGUUUCAUCGGUGCAUGUGCUCCAACAGGCGGCAUGUUUGGUGGCUUAUUCGGGGGAUUAAUUGUCACCGAAGACCCCGAUCAGUGGCCUUGGGUGUUUUAUGCCUUUGGCAUUGCAACGUUUCUAAGUUUAUUAAUGGCUUGGUAUUCUAUCCCAAACAAUGUACCAACAAAUAUUCAUGGGCUUUCAAUGGAUUGGACUGGUUCCGCUCUUGCCAUUGUUGGACUGAUUCUCUUCAACUUUGUCUGGAAUCAAGCACCAAUAGUAGGCUGGGAUAAAGCUUAUAUCAUUGUUCUUCUAAUAAUAUCUGUGAUAUUCUUGGUUGCUUUUUUUGUUUAUGAGAGUAAGUAUGCAGAGGUUCCUCUUCUACCUCGUGAAAUGACCAAGAACCGUCAUAUGAUUAUGAUUUUAUUAGCCGUAUUCCUGGGAUGGGGGUCGUUUGGUAUUUGGACAUUUUAUUACGUAUCCUUCCAACUAAACUUGAGGCAUUAUAGCCCUGUCUGGACUGGUGGUACGUAUUUUGUUUUUGUCAUUUUCGGAUCUAUGGCGGCAUUCUUUGUCGCCUUUUCUAUCAAGAGAUUAGGACCGGCCUUACUACUAUGUUUUUCACUAAUAGCAUUUGAUGCCGGUUCCAUAAUGUUCAGUGUGUUGCCAGUGGAACAAAGCUAUUGGAAAUUGAACUUUGCAAUGCAGGCUAUAUUAUGCUUUGGAAUGGACCUGUCAUUCCCGGCUUCAUCCAUUAUAUUGAGUGACGGUCUCCCAAUGCAGUACCAAGGUAUGGCUGGAUCAUUGGUAAAUACAGUUAUUAAUUAUUCGGCGUCUCUAUGCUUAGGUAUGGGAGGUACUGUUGAACACCAAAUUAAUAAAAGCGGCAAUGAUCUCUUGAAAGGUUAUCGAGCAGCUAUCUAUUUGGGCAUUGGGCUAGCUUCUCUUGGUUUUUUGAUCAGUGUUACUUACAUGCUUGAAAACCUUUGGAAUCAACGUAGAAAGUGUGAAAAGAAAAGUUUGGAGGCAUAA